GCCUCGCCACUCUCUCCUCCGUUUUCUCUUUCACUCUCUUCUCCUCCUCCUCCCCGUUGUCCGAUACCUGAUCUGCGAUCAUCUCCCUCCCAUUCCCACGCCAUUUUCUGCUCAAUUCUGAACCGAUCUGCUCGAUUCUGAUGAUUCGCCGCCUCUCGAAUCCCCCGCAUCGAUUCUCCUCUCCUUUUCAUUGGUAAUAGUACUAAAAGCAAGUGAGGAAGUGAAACAUUGUCAUGGUUGUUUCAUCGAGAAAUUUGGAUUCAGCUUUCGAAAGUGCUGGACAGAAGACUGGGAUUGAGAUCUGGUAUAUAGAAAAUUGCCGCCCAGUGCCUAUUUCUGAGGCAUCUUAUGGAAAGUUUUAUACAAGAAAUUCUUAUAUCAUUUUAAAGACCACCUCCUUGAAAAGUGGAACCUUACGACAUGAUAUUCAUUAUUGGCUUGGUAAGGAUACUGGUGUGGAUGAAGCUGGUGCAGCAGCCAUUAAGACAGUUGAACUAGACGCAGUUCUUGGAGGACAUGCUGUUCAAUAUCAUGAAGUGCAAAGCCAUGAAACUGAGAAGUUCCUUUCUUAUUUUAAACCAUGUAUAAUCCCACAGGAAGGAGUAGUUGCAUCUGGCUCCAAGCCGCCUCACGUGGAAGAGCACAAGACACGUUUGUAUGUAUGCAAAGGGAAACACGUUGUACACAUAAAAGAGGUUCCUUUUGCCCGUUCCUCACUCAAUCAUGAUGACAUCCUCAUCCUUGAUACCAAAUCUAAAAUUUUCCAAUUCAAUGGUGCCAACUCAUCUAUUCAAGAGAGGGCUUAUGCACUUGAAGUUGUACGGUACAUAAAGGAUACUUAUCACAAUGGAAAGUGUGAGGUGGCUGCAAUUGAUGAUGGAAAGCUCAUGGCUGAUGCUGAUACCGGGGAGUUCUGGGGCCUGUUUGGUGGAUUUGCUCCACUCCCAAGGAAAACAACUAAGAAUGACACUGGAAAUGCUGAUUCUCUCAUUAGAAGAUUGUAUCGAAUCAACGGAAAGAAGCCAGAACUUGUUGAGGCAAAUAAUUUGACGAGAGACAUACUAGAUACUAACAGAUGCUACAUUCUUGAUUGUGGAAUUAAAGCUUUUGUGUGGAUGGGAAGGAAUACGUCUCUAGAUGAAAGGAAAUCUGCAAGUGUUGCUGCAGAUGAGCUGAUACGCGGCCUUGAUAGAUCUCAAUGUCACGUAGUUUGCAUGAAUGAAGGAUUUGAGACAGUGACUUUUCGUAAAAAGUUUGACGCCUGGCCCCAGCCAAACAAUGUGGCAGUAGUCGAGGAUGGUAAAGGAAAAGUUGCUGCACUUCUAAAACGGCAAGGGGUUAAUAUGAAGGGUUUCGUGAAAGAUAGUCCACGAAAAGAAGAACCUCAGCCACAUAUCGAUUGCACUGGAGAUUUGCAGGUUUGGCGUGCAAAUGGUGAUAAGAAGACUCUUCUUCCAGCAUCUAAUCAGUCAAAGUUCUACAGUGGGGACUGUUUCAUUUUUCAGUAUUCCUACCCAGGUGAAGAUAAAGAAGAACAUAAUAUUAUUGGCACAUGGUUUGGGAAGCACAGUGUUGAGGAAGAUCAGCUCUCAGCAACUUCAAAUGCAAGCAAAAUGGUCGAGUCCAUGAAGUUCUGUGUCACUCAGGCCCGUAUACACGAGGGAUUUGAACCAAUCCAGUUCCUUUCUAUAUUCCAGACCCUUAUUGUUUUCAAGGGUGGUCAUAGCGAAGGAUACAAGAAAUUUCUUGCUGAAAAAGAACUUCCCGAUGAUACAUACAGGGAAGAUGGCAUUGCAUUAUUUCGAGUACAGGGUACUGGGCCAGAUAAUAUGCAAGCCAUCCAAGUUGUUCCAGUGGCGUCAUCCUUGAACUCUUCCUACUGUUACAUACUGCAUAGUGGCUCCACCCUAUUCACAUGGUAUGGAAAUCUUACUACCUCUGAUGAUCAGGAUCUUGCUGAGAGGCAACUAGAUCUUAUUAAGCCUGAAGUUCAGUCCAGACUGCAGAAGGAAGGUGCAGAAUCUGAACAGUUCUGGGAUAUUUUGGGUGGUAAAUCUGAAUACUCUAACCUGAAGGUUGAAAGAUAUUAUGAAAGUGACCCUCAUCUGUUCUCAUGCAUCUUUUCAAAUGGAGAUUUGAAGGUGAUUGAAAUUUACAAUUUUAAUCAGGAUGACCUUUUGACCGAAGACAUAUUCAUUAUAGACUGUCUUUCGGAUAUUUAUGUCUGGGUUGGACAGCUUGUAGAAAGCAAUACUAAAAUGCAGGCUUUGGCUAUUGGUGAGAAAUUUAUCCAAAAUGAUUUUCUCCUGGAGAAAUUGUCUGAGCAUGCUCCAAUAUACAUUGUUUUUGAAGGGAGUGAACCUACUUUUUUCACUCGUUUUUUCAACUGGGACUCUUUGAAGGCAGCUAUGCAUGGAAACUCAUUCCAAAGGAAACUUGCGAUAGUGAAGAAUGGUGGUACUCCAGUUGUGGAUAAACCAAAAAGGAGAACGUCUUACAGUGGAAGGUCGAUUGCAUCUGAAAAAUCUCAACGCUCUAGAAGCUUGUCUUCCAGCCCUGACCGAGUUCGUGCCAGGGGCAGGUCUCCUGCCUUCAAUGCCUUAGCUGCUAACUUUGAGAACCCUAGUACAAGGAACCUCUCAACGCCUCCACCAAUGGUACGGAAGAUUUUUCCAAAGUCUGGAACUCCCGACUCAACAAAACUGCCUUCUAGAUCUGCAGCCAUCGCAGCGUUGACAGCAACCUUUGACAAGACCCCAUCGCCAGCUCGCUCCUCCAUUCCAUCCUUUACUAAGGGUCGGGCAAGCCCGGAGGAAACCCCAAAGCCUGAAACAAUAAAAGAAGAUGUGAAAGAGGGUGACGCUGAAGAUGAUGAUGGGCUUCCGACAUACCCUUAUGACCGACUAAAGACCUCCUCAACUAAUCCAAUCACAGAUGAAAUUGACAUAACCAAGAGGGAGGCUUAUCUGUCUUCUCAAGAGUUCAGGGAGAAAUUUGGGAUGACUAAGGAUGCCUUUUAUAAGCUACCGAAGUGGAAACAGAACAAACUAAAAAUGACUACUCAAUUGUUCUGAGAGCCUUCUGCUGACGCCAUUUUUGUAGCUCGGAGGGAAAGGAUUCUUUCUUAUAUGGUGGGAAAGAUUUAGAAGAUCCACUAUGGCAUGUUUGGAUUUGUUUGCAAAUUUUAAAUUGAGGUAAAUUCAUUUGUUCGAAAGUGUAAAGAGUUCACAUUUUGGAACCGGACCAAAUUCUCAACAAUUUAAAGUAAAAAAUCUCAUUUGUUGAUUUCAUUUAGGCUUGUUUAGACGAUUGAUUAUAGUCAAGGUUUGUAACUAAAUGCAUUGCUUACCAUCGUGAUUUGUAGUUUUGAUAUUUGUAAUAUGUUUGGAGAGUUACGGUGUGUUGUUUGGACUGUUACAGUGUGUUGUUUGUAGUAGUGUCAUGAUCAUGAUUUGUGCAAUU